GUCAAGCUAUGUGCACUCUAACACCGAUUUGAUUUUGAUUAGGGUUUUCCAUCACUGAAUAUUAUUAUUUUAUGUACAUAUAGAUAUAUAGAUAUAAAAGGAAGGUAUAUUGUGUGUGUAUGUGAGAGAGAGAGAAAUGGGAGAGAAUUCAUAUAAACAUUAUAUAGCUGGAUUGGUGUCAGGUGUAUCUAUAGUCAUUGUUGGUCAUCCUUUUGAUACUGUCAAGGUAAAGCUACAAAAACACAAUACUGAAGCUAAAGGAUUCAAGUACAAAAAUGGAUUUCAUUGCACUGCCAGGAUAUUGAAGACUGAAGGAUUAAGAGGACUUUACCGAGGUGCAACUCCAUCUUUUUUGGGGAUGACUGUUGAAAGUUCACUUGUUUUUGGAAUUUACUCACAAACAAAGCAAGCACUGCAGGGAGGAGAUCUUAAUAGGAAGCCCGAGCCCCAUGUAAUAGUUCCUUCAGCUGCUUUUGCUGGAUCCAUUAUCAGCUUUGUAUUGUGUCCAUCAGAGCUCGUGAAGUGUAGGAUGCAAAUUCAAGGUACUGAUUCUGUGGUUCCAACCUAUCGCAAAUUCAGCGGCCCUCUUAAUUGUGCAAUUGAAACAGUAAAAACUGAAGGGGUUAAGGGCCUUUUUAGAGGAGGUGUGACAACUUUAUUACGAGAAUCUAUUGGAAAUGCUGUCUUCUUUAGUACAUAUGAGUAUUUGAGACAUACUUUGCAUCUACAACUCAAAGAUUCUUCCUAUAAUCACACAAAUUUGGUUGAUGUCGGAAUCGGAAUCGUGAGUGGAGGUCUUGGUGGUAUUGCGUUUUGGACAGCUGUCCUUCCCCUGGAUGUUGCAAAAACUAUAAUUCAAACGACCCCAGAUAGUAACUCAAGUAAAAAUCCUCUCAAGUUGCUUACAUCGAUAUACAGGAGGUCUGGGUUUAGAGGAUGUUAUGCAGGUUUAGGUCCUACAGUUCUAAGAGCAUUUCCUGCUAAUGCCGCCGCAAUAGUUACAUAUGAAGCAGCUGCAAAAGUCAUGGGGAUCGUACGUGACUGACAUGCAUUGCUGUUUCAAACAUCAAACGUAUACUGGUGAGUUAGCGAUUCUUUUGUAACAAGCUGAAACCAGCCCUACUAAUUUGAGGGGAGAGUAAUAUACGCGAUUCUUGCAAGAACAAUGAUUCUAGAGGGUGUCACCAAUAAUUUUGCGGUUGAUGUAUCUAACAUUUCUACCCUAGGUUUUUGACAUGUCUUCCUUGGAGUCCCAUUUUCUACUUAUUUUUGUUAUUUUAGAUGUUUAUGUUGGCCAGGAUGCUUUUCGGGUGUAGAUUUUCAAAUGAAAGAAAUUGGUCACCCCUCAUUCAAAAAGUUGUUAAUUUGCAUAAUUUAAUGUU